GUUCAGUAACAAGCAAUGAGUAACACUUCGGGUGUGCGCUACAACAUUGGCAAGGAUGCCAGAGGUUCAAUUUACUCUGCACACCCAGUUCUUCCUUCUUCUCUUUGCCUCCUCUUUCCCUUUCUAUCAAUCCUAAACAUUUUCUUGUAUUUUUUAUCAGAUCUUCUCUACAAGGACUAUGUUCAUGAACUGCCAAUUCGGUUUGAAUCCAAAGACUUCAACUGGAUCAGUGACAUCUCGUGCAAAGUUAAUUUGAUUGCUCCUGGACUCAGCACCCUUUUCAGUUUUAACGUGCCGGAUUAUGGCCAGAUGGAACUGCAAUACGAAAAUGGUGUUGCCGAGAUUGCUGGAGGAAUCGGGUUGAAAAGAAAUCCGCUGAAAAUGUGUGAACCGGUUGCACUCUUUUCUGCAGUGAUAGGAGGCAGUUCUGUGUGCUCCAUUGGAACCGACCUUGCCUUCGACAUAUCUGCGGGAGCAUUAGCAAAAUUCAGUGCCGGUUUCAGCUUGAACAGUGACUUUGUUUCUGCUUCCUUAUCCUUGGACAAGCUUGACACUGUAAAAGCUUCAUGCUUCACCAUGGUCAACCCCCUGAGCAACACAGCCCUUGGAGCAGAGUUGAAGCACCGGUUUUCAACCAACGAUAGUGCCCUUGCUGUUGGUGCCCAGCACGCGUUUUUUCCAUCUACACUGGCGAAGGCUCGAGUUAGCACACACGGGAAUGUUGGCGUUCUUAUACGGCAAGGGUUUUGGCAGAAAUUGUUCCUGUCUAUGUCCGGAGAAGUGGAUUUUAUGGGCGUACAGAGAAGUCCAAGAUUUGGACUCUCUCUUUCUGUUAGGCUGUGAAAUAAUCUAAUUUGUAAGCAAAGUCAAAUGAUCAGAUUGCGAAAAAGAGUAAAAUUGCGAUAUGUUUCUAUGAAGAAAUUCAUGCACUAAACAAAUAAAAACGCUUUUAGAGUCGUCUGUAAAA